UUCCAAGAAACUGGCAAUCACACUGAAACCCGAACACUUGCUCAUUGCUCAUUGCUUCCUUUUUUCUUCUGCAUCAACAGUUAAGGGAGACACAGUUCUGUUCUGUGUAGCAUUUGAUGGAUGUUUCCUUGUGAAGAAGAAAGGAAUAACAAAAAACCAGACCAUGAGAAGCAAUCCCACUUCUAAUGCCUGAGGUUGUCCUGUCCUUUCUUCCUUCCUAAACCCAAACUCAAUCCAAGGGAGAGAAGAAAAUGAAGAUAGGGAAGGUGGGAUGGUUGAUGGUGGUGCUUACAAUGAUGGUGUUCAGCUUGUCCUCUUGUUCAGCUUGGUUUGGUAACAAACACAGACAUAGAAGGAACUCUAUUCUCCCAGAUGAAACCACAUCCUCAAAGCCAAGGCUCAUGAACUCUGCUGGUUCCUCUGUUGUGUUCCAAGUUAAUGGAAAUGUUUAUCCUGUUGGGUUCUAUAAUGUUUCUCUCAACAUUGGCCAGCCACCAAGGCCCUACUUUCUUGAUAUUGAUACUGGUAGUGACCUCACUUGGCUCCAAUGUGAUGCUCCUUGUUCCCAUUGCUCUGAGACAUACCAUCCUCUCUACCGGCCUAGCAAUGACUUUGUGCCUUGCAAGGAUUCCCUCUGUGCAUCCUUGCAGCCCUCUGAUGACUACAACUGUGAAGACCCUAAUCAAUGUGACUAUGAAAUUGAGUAUGCAGAUCACUACUCAACCCUUGGUGUGCUUCUCAAUGAUGUCUACCUUCUCAACUUUACCAAUGGAGUCCAACUUAAAGUUCGGAUGGGACUUGGAUGUGGAUAUGAUCAGGUUUUUUCACCAUCUUCAUACCACCCCUUAGAUGGAAUACUUGGGCUAGGUAGGGGAAAAGCCAGCUUGAUAUCACAAUUGAAUAGUAUGGGAUUGGUGCGAAAUGUAAUUGGACAUUGUUUAAGUUCUAAGGGAGGGGGAUAUAUCUUCUUUGGAAAUGCUUAUGAUUCUUCUCGAAUGAUUUGGACUCCGAUUUCAUCUAUAGAUUCCAAACAUUACUCAGCAGGGCCAGCUGAACUUGUUUUGGGAGGAAGGAAGAGUGGGGUGGGAAGUCUUACUGCUGUUUUUGACACUGGGAGUUCUUACACUUACUUUAACUCUCAGGCUUACCAAGCAUUACUUUCUUGGUUGAAGAAGGAAUUAACUGGAAAACCCAUAAAAGUAGCACCUGAUGAUCAGACUUUACCUGUCUGCUGGCACGGUAGAAGACCUUUCAGAAGCAUGAGUGAAAUCAAGAAAUACUUCAAGCCUCUAGCACUUAGUUUCACCAAUGGUGGAAGAGUUAAAACUCAAUUUGAGAUCCCUCCUGAAGGUUAUCUGAUAAUAUCAAACUUUGGGAAUGUUUGUCUAGGCAUUCUAAAUGGCCCUGAAGUAGGGUUGGGGGAACUGAACCUAAUUGGAGAUAUAUCAAUGCAAGACAAAGUGAUGGUAUUUGACAAUGAGAAGCUGUCGAUUGGGUGGGGAGCUGCGGAUUGCGACCGUGUUCCAAGAUCUAGAGAUUUUAGUAUUUGAUCAUAAAAAAAUGCUUAAUCCACACAUGCAUAGCGUUGCUAUCAUCAAGAGGAUGGAUAAUGACCUGUGCUUUAUAGAGCAGGGUGAUAACACUACUUAUGUAUUGUCUUUAUAGAGUGUAUGAUGUCUACUUGCUUAUGAUUUGUGAAUACUUAUUCAACCUUGUGUAUAACAUAUUGCUGUAGAGUAUAGAGAUCCAGAUAUAUUAUUUA